AUGGCUAACAAUCGGUGGCCGUCGAAGCUAUCGAAGUUAUCAGUCCGAGCAAAACAAACGAAUCUCUACCGCGUGAUUCUAAUCUCACUACUCUGUGUCGCCGCCUACUCUUUCGGAGUAUGGCAACAUUCCGGCGGAGGAAUCUCACGCGCUUCCCUCACUUCCUUGCCCUGCACCUUUCCUCAACAGACCACACCGACCCUCACCUUCGCUUCCCGUCACACAUCACCUGAAGCUCCUCCGUCGAAUACGACGGUGCGUGUGGUAAACAUCCCGUCGUGCGGCGUCGAAUUAUCGGAGUAUACACCGUGCGAGUCCGUGAAUCGGUCUUUAGAAUUCCCAAGAGAGAGGUUGAUAUACAGAGAGCGACACUGUCCGAAAAGAAACGAGAUACUCCGGUGCCGGAUUCCAGCGCCGUACGGUUACUCGGUACCUUUCAGGUGGCCGAAGAGUCGUGACGUGGCGUGGUUCGCUAACGUGCCCCACACGGAACUAACGGUGGAGAAGAAGAAUCAGAACUGGGUGAGGUACGAGAAGGAUAGGUUUUUAUUUCCCGGUGGUGGUACGAUGUUUCCACGUGGAGCUGAUGCUUACAUCGACGAUAUCGGACGGUUGAUAAAUCUCAAAGAUGGAUCAAUUCGGACAGCCAUUGAUACUGGAUGUGGGGUAGCGAGUUUUGGGGCGUAUCUAAUGUCGAGGAACAUAGUAACGAUGUCAUUCGCGCCAAGAGACACACACGAAGCUCAGGUUCAGUUCGCACUUGAGAGAGGAGUCCCUGCGAUCAUCGGAGUCUUAGCUUCCAUUAGGCUCCCAUUCCCGGCGAGAGCCUUCGACAUUGCUCAUUGCUCUCGAUGUCUCAUCCCCUGGGGCCAAUACAACGGGACGUAUCUGAUAGAGGUGGACAGGGUACUGAGACCGGGCGGGUAUUGGAUUCUGUCCGGACCGCCGAUUAACUGGCAGAGACAUUGGAAAGGUUGGGAGAGAACCAGAGACGAUCUCAACUCGGAGCAGAAUCAGAUCGAGAAGGUCGCUAGGAGCUUGUGCUGGAAGAAAUUGGUGCAGAGAGAAGACCUUGCCGUAUGGCAGAAACCCACCAACCAUAUUCACUGUAAACGCAAUCGGAUUGCUCUAAGACGCCCUCCCUUCUGCCACCGGGCACAACCCGACCAAGCCUGGUACACUAAGCUCGAGGAGUGUUUGACGCCAUUACCUGAAGUUACAGGAUCCGAGAUCAAAGAAGUAGCGGGUGGAAAGUUGGCGAGAUGGCCCGAGAGAUUGAACGCUGUUCCUCCGAGGAUCAAGAAUGAGAGCUUGCAAGGGAUCACUGAGGAUGAUUUCUUCGGCAACACAGAGACAUGGAAGAGAAGAGUGUCUUACUACAAGAGGUUCGACCAGCAGCUAGCUGAGACGGGAAGAUACAGAAACAUACUUGACAUGAACGCUUAUCUUGGGGGUUUUGCUGCAGCCUUAGUCGAUGAUCCUGUCUGGGUCAUGAACGUUGUCCCCGUGGAGGCUACUUACAACACCCUUGGAGUCAUCUACGAGCGAGGGUUGAUCGGAACUUAUCAAAACUGGUGUGAAGCGAUGUCAACUUACCCAAGGACGUACGAUUUGGUCCAUGCCGAUUCGGUGUUCAGUAUGUACAAAGGCAGAUGUGACAUGGAAGAUAUCCUGUUAGAAAUGGACAGGAUUCUAAGACCAAAGGGAGGCGUGAUCAUCAGAGACGACAUUGAUGUGUUAACCAAAGUAAAGAAGAUAACAGACGCAAUGCAAUGGCAAGGGAGAAUAGGAGAUCAUGAGAACGGACCUCUUGAAAGGGAGAAGAUUUUGUUUCUUGUCAAGGACUACUGGACCGCGCCUGCGCCUGACCAGGCAACCUGGAGAUAG